UAUGAUGCUACUGGGAGAUUUUAUGCAGGAACAAAUGAAUGUCCACAAGUAAAUGGUAUUAGUUAUGACUAUCGUAAGAUGACAAUCACUAAUGUUCCAUAUGAAACUAUCAUUUUAGAGGAUGUUGAUUUAAAUAUUUUCUUUGGAACUAAUGAGACUGUAUUCACUCCUAAAAAUGUAAUUAUUAAGAAAUCAAAAACAUUCUCAAAUAUGAAAUAUUCUUUUGUUAAUGGUUUAUCUACCAUUACUUUAGAUGGUGUUUUUGAACAUAACACAAUUAAUAGUUAUGACAUUCAAGACAUUAUAUUUCAUAUUCUUGAUUUUAAAGCCACAUUUGUCAAUGAAGGUGAUUCUAAAUAUAUUAAAGUAAUUAAAAAUGGUCCAACAAGUCAAUUGAACACUAUCACUUUCAAUGGACUAUUCAAUGUUAAUCCAAUUACAUUUACUGUUAAUGCUUGCGACUAUGUUAUGACUGGUAAUAAUAUUACAAUAGAAGACCAAAGUGAUGUUUAUAAAUUGGAAUGUAACAAUCAAAUUAAAUACUUCUAUUGUGGAGGUGUAUCUAAUGUUGAACUACAUUGUGUUGAUAAUCAAGAAAAAAUAUCUAUUGAUAUAUCUAUUAAUGAUGUCUUCACUCUCUAUGGGUCAUCUGUUCCAACAAUUGUUUCUAAUUCUAAUGCAUCUACAAUCAAAAUUAAUUCUGCAAAUGAUAAGUCGGAAAAUGUAUUAAUUUCUUUACAAUCACAUAGUUAUAAUUUAAGAGUUGUCAAUAAGGAAUCUACUGUUUAUGCAUCUCAAAUAAUUGAAGGAACUGUUCAAUUUAUCCAAAGUAAUACUUGGAAAAUAACUACAGAUGCAUUGAUCGAAUCAAUUCUAGUUGAUGAAAAAGAUCUUAUUGUUGUUGGUAUGAAUGGAAAGAAAAUUAAUAAUAACAAUGGUGUCUAUUCUGUUGGGGUAGAUGGUCAUUGUGAAACUGCACAAAUAGGUAAAGAGUUUAAAUGUAUUUCAGACGAAAGUUUAUCAGAUAACUCUUCUGAACAUGAUGAUAGUGAAAAUAGUUUGUCAAAUGAUUCUUCUUCUAUUUCUGAGUCUUCUGAAACUAGUUCAAGCCAUGAAAGUACUGAAACUUCAUCAGAAACCAGUGAAACUCAGAAUAGUGAAUCAAAUUCAAUGACUAACGAUUCAGAUGAUAGUAAUAAUAAUGCUGAUAAUGAUAAUGGAUUAAGUGGUGGUGCAAUAUUUGCCAUUGUUUUGGGUUUAUUGAUUGUUUUGAUUAUCAUCAUUAUUGUCAUUGCUGUUCUUGUUUAUUUCUUUGUAUUUAAACCAAAGAAACAAUCUACAUAUACUGGAAUUUAA